CGCAGCGCCGCCACCAUCGCCGCCAUGGUCCGGGGACCUCAGGCGGCCGGGGCUGCCCUCGGCGCUGCCUGAGCCCUUUGCGCCUCCCGGCCAGACCUGUGCGCCGCCUGGGCGAGGUGUGCUCCAAGAGGCCUGAGGAUAACCCUGGAUCUCUCUUUGCAAGAGAAUGGGCUACCCAUUGAAGCUGAGGAGCGCUGGGCAGGCUUUGGGACAAUGUGAGAGAAAGAGGAAGUCUUCCAGCCUGGGACUUUGGGGUCCUUGUUGGCCCUCCGCGCCUUAGGAGUACAGUGGGAGCUGUCACGGCACCCAAAAAGCAAAGCAGGAGGAUCAGAAAUUCGAUGUCAUCCUCAUCUCCAUAGCAAGUUUGAGGCUACUCUGGGCUACAUGAACCCCCCCACCGCCCAAAAAAAUCAACACAGCAUGUAAGAAAACGGGACGAAACCCGAAGCAGAGAGGAUCUGGAAUCUGGAGCUGUUCCCUACUUCAGUCGAUCCAAGUAUCUCCCUUAGUUCCUUUGUGGGUCUUCAGCCAAGCGAAUCAGUCAAUACAAGGCUGAACAGCAGGAGGAGAGCACAUGUGUUGUAUUAAUGUUGCACAGCCCUGGAGAUUUUCACAAGGAGAUGUGGACCAGAGAAAUGACAUUGGACAUGGUGCCACACACCUGUAAUCCCAGCCCUCAAGAGGAUUAUGAGUUCAAGACCAGCCUGGGCUAUAUAGCCUGGCUCAAGAAAUCGGGCUGAUAAUGCAGAUACUGUUGGCUGUCCUCUCACUGGGUGUCCUGUUGUUGGCCCUCCUCCUGUUCCUGCGACGCCUGGGCUGGGCCUUGGUAACCAUCUUCUGGUUUGAGUUUGCACAGCCAGUCCCCAAGCUCCUCAUGGGUGACACAAAGGAACAGCGCAUCCUUAACUAUGUGCAGCAGCAUGCCAAGCCUGGAGACCCCCAGAGCGUCAUGGAUGCCUUUGACACCUACUGCUCAGAGAAGGAGAGGGCCAUGCAUGUGGGUGCCGUGAAAGGCCAAAUAUUGGAUGCAGUGAUUCAGGAGUACAAGCCCUUGCUGGUGCUGGAGCUAGGAGCUUACUGUGGCUACUCAGCCACAAGGAUAGCGCGCCUGCUGCCACCUGGAGGCCGGCUUCUCACCAUGGAGAUGAACCCUGACUAUGCUGCCAUCACCCAGCAAAUGCUGAACCUGGCAGGCCUGCGGGACAAAGUCACCAUCCUCAUUGGGGCAUCCCAGGACCUCAUCCCGCAGCUGAAGACCAAGUAUGAUGUGGACACCUUAGACAUGGUCUUUCUUGACCACUGGAAAGACCGCUACCUGCCAGACACGCGUCUCCUGGAGGAAUAUGGCCUGUUACGCAAGGGGACAGUACUUCUAGCUGACAAUGUCAUCGUCCCGGGAGCCCCUGACUUCCUGGAAUAUGUGCGGGGGAGCAACAAGUUCGAGUGCACACACUACAGCUCAUACCUGGAGUACAGGGAAAAGGUAGACGGCCUGGAGAAGGCCCUCUACAAGGGUCCAAGCAGCCCAUGAAGUCUUGACCACUCAGCCUUCCCUGAGAUCCCCUUCCAGCUUCCUUCUGCAAGAUGACACACACUCAUGCUGACCCCACUAUGCUUCUGCAGCCUGUCCUCAAGUGCUGUGGCUCCAGAUUGCCAACACUGGCACAGUCUCCAGGUAGUGAGCUCACCAUCCAAAACCACUGCAAUAGACCUGGAAAGCACCUGUGAUAAAAGGCUGAAUUGAGCUGGAGGUGCAUUGGUCACAGUGCCUGCCCCACAUGCAAGAGGCCUUGAGUUUAAUCCUAAACACCAGAAAACAAAAGGGAUUAAAAAAAAAAAAGUCAAAGGAGGUGUCAUCCUGCUGGUGUCCGGUGUCACCUAAGAGAUUCUCACAGGGUCAGUGCCAGAGCGCUGGGCACUGCCAUCACCAAUUAGGGCCAGCCAGAAGUCAGGAGACUGGGAAUAUCCAGAUGCUGUCUGGCUGUUACCAGAUGUCCCCGGCCACUCACCCUUCAUCUUGAGAGUGAGUCAUAAGCUCUCCAGGCUGGUGGCACACACCUUUAAUCCCAGCACCCAGGAAGAAAGGCAGCCAGAGCUCUGAGUUCAAGGCCAGCCUGGGCUACUCAGUGAGUUCCCGGACAGCCAGGGCUACAGACUCUAGUCUUCCCGAGUUAUAACCCGUUUUCUAGUUAUGCCGUGAUCUUUCAUCAUCAAAGAAAUUCAAGCUCCUAAUAUUUGGAUACCAGAGAUCCACUCAGUUACUGUCUCAGCUACCACACUGCUCUCCUCCCUGCUGUACAACACGACAGUCCACCUCUGCACCAUCUCUGACUGGGUAGCCUGGGGACAGGUAGCGGGGAGCCAUGCUGUCCCCUGCUGCUCUCCACUCCUGUGUGGCACACAGGAGACAAUCUCUCCAGCCCUGCUUCCUGACUUACAGAGGAGGAAGUGGGCUCAGACCACAGGCCAUGUCUGCCCAGGCACCCAGCUGCUGAGGAGGCACCCAUCCACUUCCUCCUCCAAGCCUCAGAAGGGGCCUGUUUCCAGACUAGAAAAGAUGAGCGCCACCUCCGCUGAUCCCGCCUGGACCUACAUCAAUCAGCCAGUGCUCCCUUCCUGGGCUGAGGGUGCCAACAGGAGACAAGGAGGACAGGAGUGGGCAGGGCCUGAGGGCCAGGGGCAGAGCCUCCCACCACCCCACCACCCCACCCCCCUGCCAGGGGACUUGAGGAAAUGUCCACCAGGUGGCAGCAGUGGCUGUUAACCCUCUUCCUCUGUAGCUAGGCGAGCAGGCGCUGCUCUAGUGAGCUGACUCAGAAGACAGGCAAGAAGUUCCUUUGCUGCUCUUUUAAUCUUUAAAUUUUCUUACAAAAAUUUCAAUGUUUGCUGA